AUGGGUUGUGUGAACAGUCGUGAUCAGAUCAAGCACCCGAAGAAGCCGCUGCCGUCCAUUCCACCGCAUCAACCCUCCAUCAACAAUGGCGGCGGCACCAACAACUCCUCCGCCUCACUCUCAUCCUCAUCAGCAUUACCACAGUCACAGCCACCACCGCCACUUCCACUUCCCCUCACCACCAACAUCGAUUCUCAGCAGUAUCCUCAACACCAGCAACUGCAACAACUUCGCAACAACUCCAUCAACGAUAACUACGCCAGCAAUGGUUACGCAGGGCCGCCGCCGCCAUUGCUCCACCAGCAGCAAUCGAUGCCCAGCAACAGUAGCUUUAACGGUGAACAGCACCAUCAUCAACAGCAACAACAGUAUCAACAACAGCAGAACGGAGCAGACCAAAACACUACUAUGAAGUCAAACAAAAAGAAAGGAUUUCUUCCCUGGAGCAAACUGAAGGGUGAUAAGGUGAACCGACAGGUUUCAGUAGUUUCAAACACUUCCGACUCGACACACUCGGCCAGUUCUCCGGCAGUACAGUCUCAUAUGGGAAGUCAAAGUGGAGGUAGUGGAGGUGGUACUCUUUCCUCGGGUCGCUCCAACGCUCCCCUUCCUAUUCCACCGGUCAACCGAGGCAAUGGUGGCCCCGGCAAUUCCGGGCCCCAGCAGAAGGUGGUCAUUGCGUUGUACCCGUACGAGGGCCGGGACGACGGCGAGCUGAGCUUUGAGAAGAACGAAAAACUGGUGGUCGUUGAUGAUUCAGAACCGGACUGGUGGCUCGCCUACCGACUGAUGGCGCCUGAAAGAAGAGGUUAUAUUCCCAUGAACUUUGUGGUGAACAAUGUCAUUGAGACUGAGGAGUGGUUCUUCUCCAAAAUUUCGCGUCGCGUGGCGGAGCGACUUCUCCUCGAGGGCAACUACCCGCGCGGCACCUUUCUCAUUCGCAACAGUGAACAGGACACUGGCGGCCACGUCCUCAGCGCCUACUCGCUCUCCAUCCGCGACUUUGACAACAUCAAGUUCGACCACGUGAAGCACUACAAGAUCCAAACAAAGCCAAACGGCGACUUCUUCGUCACCUCUCGCCGAACCUUCGUCAAGCUGCAGGACCUGGUGGAGCACUACUCGGCGAGUGCCAACGGCCUCUGCCACCGCCUGACGAAGCCCUGUCCGAAGGUGCGCAUCGGCGAGUCGCCCUUCCGCAAUCGAGGCGACGAGAUUGACCGCCGCCAGCUGCGCACCAUUCGCGAACUGGGCUCGGGCAACUUCGGCAAGGUCUUCUACGGCCUCUACCGGGGCACCCAGGAGGUGGCCAUCAAGACGCUGAAGCCCGGGUCGAUGAGUCCGCAGGCGUUCCUCGACGAGGCUGCCAUCAUGCGGCGGUACCGACACGAGAAGCUGGUCCCCCUCUACGGCGUCUGCUCCAUCGGUCUUCCGCUUCUAAUCAUCACUGAGUACAUGUGCAAAGGCGCCCUGCUCAACUACCUGCGCGACAACCCCGAAUCCGCCUCCCUCACCAUCAUGGACCUGAUCGACAUGGCCUCUCAGGUGGCCUCGGGAAUGGCCUACCUGGAGCGGGUGAAGCUGGUUCAUCGCGACUUGGCCGCCCGAAACUGCCUCGUCGGCGAGAAGCGCGUCGUCAAGGUGGCCGAUUUUGGCCUCGCCCGUAUCAUCGAGGAGGACUACUACAUUGCCCAGGUGGGCGCCAAGUUUCCCAUCAAGUGGACGGCGCCCGAGGCGGCCAGUCGCGGCAAGUUCACCAACAAGUCGGACGUCUGGUCAUUCGGCGUCCUCCUCUACGAGAUCGUCACCAAAGGAGGGGCUCCCUACCCGGGCAUGAGCAAUCGCGAGGUAAUUGAGCACGUGGAAAGGGGCUUCCGCAUGCCCAAGCCGAAGAACGUCGAGUGCCCCAACUCCAUCUACCAGAUCAUGCUCAACUGCUGGGACAAGGACCCCGACAAGCGGCCCACCUUUGAGUACCUGUACAGCUACUUUGAUGACUUCUUUGUCAGCACCGAGCCGCGGUACCGAGAUGCAGAGGACUACCAGGCCAAUGGCGGCGCUGGCGGCGGGGAGAAUCUUUACGAUAAAAUGGUCAAGUGA